CCUGCUCUCCUCUUACGAUGGCCUUGGUCUGGGAUCGCAGGGCUCAUUAUAUCAUGAGCAUAGUUAUUACAUGGGUUCACUGUUUUUCCUCCUCCCUGAGGGGGGCCUUUGGCACACGCUGGGAGGCCAUGAAAGCCAAGGCCACCGAGCUGCGGCUCUGGCGCGCGCGUAGGAAGCGAGAAGCUCGGGAACCCAAGCCCCCGCAAAUGCGCGGGUCCAGGAGACUUAACAUUUCAGAUGAUUUAAAGAUUGGCUUUUUCAGCACAGACCAUGCCACUCAAACUGAUUCCAGUGAAAUACUGUCAGUAAAAGAAUUGAGUUCAUCCACGCAAAAGUUAGCACAGAUGAUGAAAUCCCUCCAGGUAGAUUUUGGGUUCCUCAAACAAUUGCUUCAGUUGAAGUUUGAGGACCGACUGAAAGAGGAAUCUUUGAGUCUCUUCAACAUUCUACAUGACAGGAUCCUAGAAAUUGAAAAGCAUUAUCAACAGAAUGAGGAUAAGAUGAGAAAAUCCUUCAAUCAGCAGUUAGCCGAUGCCAUAGCUGUUAUCAAAGGAAUGUACCAGCAAUUUUUUGAGGUAGAAGAAGAGAACAUUAAUUUGCAAGAUGCGAGUAGUGUCAAAAUAAAUAUUUUGUUAAGAAAAUUGAAAGAGAAAGAAGAAAUUAUUAAAGAAUUAAAAGAACAGCUAGAUCAAUAUGAAGAUUUUGGAUUUCACAAAAUGGAAUCUUUUCCCAAGGAAACCAGCUCUCCAAAAUCAAACGUAGAAAAGGAAAAUUUGGAGUACAAAGUGGAAAAUGAGAGGCUGCUUCAGAUCAUUUCAGAGCUUGAAGAAGAAAUCCAGAUCAAUCUAAAAGAAAAUUCAGGAUUAGAAGAUGAACUUAUAAGUAUGAAAGAGAUGGCAGAAAAGGAUCACAAAACUAUUCAAAAGUUAAUGGAUAGUAGAGAAAGAUUAAGAGAAGAGCUUAAUUAUGAAAAAUCAUUAGUUCAGGAUGUGAUUAAUAAACAGAAAGAGGACAAGGAAAUGAGAAAAAAGUAUGGCAGCUUAAGUGUCAAGGCUGCAAAAUCAGCCAAGGGGAGAGAAGCCUCUUUGUCCCCAUGGUCCAAGUCUCUACCCAGCACCACAGCUUCGAGGCCACAUUCUGCUUCCAUGAGUAUAUCAUCUGCUGGGGCCAAGAAAGCUAAGACUCCAAAGAAGGCUUUAAAGGGAGAGCAAUCUGUGGUUGAAGACAAACAAGCUUUGGAGUCUCAAAUAGAAGCAUUAAAGGCAAAUUUAGAGAAAGAGAAAAAGAAGGUGGAAAGGUUUAGGAAGGAAGCAGAACGACUAAGCAAAAGCUGGGAAAAGAGAUUCUUUAUUCUCAGGAACAGCUUUCAUGUCCUUAAGAAUGAGAUGUUUACAAGGCAUACACUGUUUCGUCAGUUUGCAGUGCUUGCUGACACAUCCUUCAAUUAUAUUAAAGUAAAACCCUUAUUAGUGCAAUCUAGAACAACCAUAACAGGUACAUCCUCUUCAAGUCAUUGUACAUCUUCAAUAGACAGUAAGCAUGUGGAUGUAGUCAGUGAUCAGGCAUCCGUUCAACUUUCACCAAAAGGGAAGUUGUCGGAAUCCCCAAAAGAAGAGUCCUUGGAGGAAGCAUCCAUGCCCCAGAGCAGCCCCGCGGAGACUGUUGAUUAACUGAGCAGAAGCCUGGACUGCGCAGAUGGGGCCACAGAAAGAGUGGUCUCACCAUCCUGGUGUAAGGUGCCUCCCUCUCAAAGGAUACUAUCUCCAAGAAUUUUCUAAACUAAUUGUUUAAUCUCUCCGGAUUAUGUACAUUAACCAGCACUGUGCUGGAAUAGACCUCAAUGCGCGCCUCGUGCGCGCUCCUUUCCACGCCUUUAAGAAAAGCGCUGACUGGUGCUGGGUGAGCAGGGCACAGCGACCCUGCAGGGCGACCACAUCCAUUCAGGUGCUCCCGGGACUCAGAAGAGUCCAGGCGUCUAAGAGUGGGAAGGAACGGACUUUAAUUAAAAAGUUUGACUCCCUCUCUAAUUCGUCCAGUCUUUCUAUACCAAAAACAUCAAUCUAAUUUGCUGUCUCCUCGCCCAAUAACUAGUCCUCAUGAAGGUGGGUCAUAAAGACUAGAGGGAGAUCGUACAUUUCCUCAAGGAAGAUUCAUUCUUAUCUUACCUUGGCACAGGGCACCUAGCCGCAUCUUAAAGACUGUCAGAAAUUCUUUAAUAAGUAGGGAAACUCUUUAGAGUUUUGCCUCCUGGUAAGGAUGCAAACCAAGAUUCCGCUGGAAUGCCAGACAUCAUUUGCCAAAAGGCGGGUUUGCUUUUCUUCCAUGCGUAAUGUUCAACUUGGUUCUUUCUAUUCCCCUAACUACAAGUAAGGACUUGUUAAGAGCCUGUAUCUGAAUCAUAGGCUCUGGAUUACAGAAUUCUAAAGUUAUUUAUUAAGUCUCAAGAAAUAUAUUUGUGGUAGUUGUCACAUAAAGCUGAUAUACUUUAGUUCAAAAGAAAGCUGCAGAGGCGAUUUAUUUGUGCGUAAAAGGAACACGAUUUAAUUGGAGAGAGACGUGUUAUUUUCAACGCAAGUACACGGGAUGGUACAGCGCUGUGGAGCAUUGUUCGAGCUUCAUCUACUAUGCACUAUAUGCCGCUGUCUCCAAAGGAGUGUUGCCCUAGAAACUUGUUUUAAAUCUGCUGCUAUAUAUCAACACCUUGUUUUAGCAGUCCUUGGCUGAAUUACAGUUACACAGUUUGGCGCUUCUUUCAAAUUUCCUCCCAUCAGUUUGGCUAAAGAAAGGAAUUUUUCUCCUUUAGAAAUGAAUUGGCUUAAUUAGUAAGUAGAUUAAUGGCAAUUGCUGGUGAGUUGGUUUCCAGCAGAGUUUCACCAGAGAGGGUUAAUCGGAGUCAGGUCUGGAAUCUUUCCCAGAACUGGCUGCCAGCCAUUUCCACCAACCAAUCAACCCUACAAGAAACAGAGGAAAUGAAAUAAAAUUUGUAUCCUCUGUGCCAUCGUCCUGGACAGAAAUUCCUUGGAAGCAGCCUCCUGGUUGGGUGCAAUAUCAAACUGCUUCAUUUCAGCACUUUAAUAGAAACUUGAACCUUCAAGAUUUAUCUGGGUACCAAAGCAAAGUUUCAAAUGGCACAAUAAAGGUCUCCACAGAACCCUGGAAAUAUUGGAAAUUUCUGAGGCUCUCAGCCAAUUUCAGGUUGGGAGAAAUUGCAAAUCACCCAGGUCCUGCCCUAUAUCUGUUGUCCAUCAGAAGCCCUUCAAAAGUUUUGCUGUAUGUUUUGCAUCCUUUUUACUUAUUUUUUUCCCAUAGUAAUGAAAAUGCAUUCAUAGUUUAACUUGCAGCUGCAUUAGUCUUGCAAAAAAAAAAAAAAAAAAAAUCCCUGCUGAGAAAUGCAUAUAAUAGGAAAAACAGAUCGGCUGGACAGCAGUGUAAUUAAUGCCAGAAAGGGCUGAGGCCGGUUUCAUAGUUUGUCUUUUGAGGAUAUCAAGACGAGACCUGGUGAAAAAUGACGCAUGCUUUAGCAUUUCAGAAAGCUGGCAACUGGCAGCGCUUUUCCUUUUUUCUUUGACUUUCUGCCGCGGAACAAAGAGGUCCGCAGAACUAGCUAGGUUGUAAUGAGUUCUAUGUCCCUAGCACAUUAAGUGCAUCAUGGAAACAUAUUGUAUCGAAAUAGUUUGGAGGAGAAUACCAGGGAUGAAAGAGAAUGGGUGCUUUGAUCAGCUCCCUGGGGUCCUGAGCGCGCACAGACUGACUUGCAAGGAGUUAUUCAGCUCCAGCUAGACACACUUACAACACCAUUGAAAGAAAUUUGCAUAUCUGUAAUUUAUCACAUUGGUCCAGAACAUUAUUGCAAGGUAAAUAAAAGUUAGUUGAAUAAAAAAAAUCAAUCAUCGCAGAUAUAGAGAAAACUGUGAAGCCAGUCUUUCC